AUAGCAGCGCCGCAACGAGCUCGGUUCAGAUCCAGCCAUCAAAGCUCUUCAUUGAGAAAAAUCCACAGGCGAGUUUUCCUCUGAGGAGCUGCAGGCGAUGUAGGGGAGAAACCUGCGUCGAGUUCACCCCACAGUGCCAAGAAACUUCGCUAACUGUAGUGAAGACUCCUGCAACAUGGAUGGAUUUUAUGACCAGCAGGUCCCUUUCAUGGUUCCUGAAAACAAAUGUCACACGGAAGAUUCGCUGAAAUGUGUCGAUGACAGGAAAAGGAAGUUCAUGGACACAGAGCUGGCUCAGGACACAGAAGAGCUUUUCCAGGAUCUGAGUCAACUCCAAGAAAUAUGGAUUGCAGAAGCUCAGGUUCCUGAUGACGAGCAGUUUGUCCCAGAUUUCCAGUCCAAUAACUUGAUGUUUCAUGGACCACCUUUCAGCAAAGUGAAACGAGAGCCCAGUCCGUCCACAGACCUGUCUCCCUGCAGAACCCCUCAUGCUGACAUGUGCCUUUACAGUUACAGUGCCUGUGACAAGAAGCCAGCCCUGACUUCAGCCUCCACGUCUGCAGCGCCGCGUGGACCUCCACCAUUACAGAGGCAGCUACAGCCCCCCACCCCACGGCUCAGCGCUAACUGCCCCCCAAGCCACGCUCCCUCCCCUCGCCCCUCGCAGCACCACAGCCUCCCAUCAGUCAACCAAAACCGGCAGUUUGCUCUGCCGCACCCCCCCGUCGGCUGUCCCAGCACCGCUUUUGGCGCAGAGCAAAAGUUCCAACGGCAGCUGUCCGAUCCCUGCUUGUCCUUCCUCCCCCCGGAGAAGAUUGCAAACACGCCGUACCACCUCUCGAACCACGACGGGCGCCCACUCUACCAGCGCCACCUUUCAGAGCCCCUGGUUCCCCACGGUUUUAAACAGGAGCCACUGGACCCGCGAUACCCAGAACCAGGGCCCCCUCGUGCAGGUGUGGCUGGACCGCAGAGCACCUUCAGUCAUGUCACCGUCAAACAAGAGCCCAGAGACUUUGCCGUUGACUCAGAGGUUCAAGCUUGUCAGUCAUCAUUUGGGAAGUCUCCAGUUUUAUACCAGAAUCACAACAUGGGAUUUGGUCAAGACCGAGAACCACAUUUAUACUACGAUGAUGCCUGUGUCGUACCAGAAAGACUGGAAGGUAAAGUGAAGCAGGAGGGCCUGCCGUACCAGCGUCGUGGUUCUCUGCAGCUCUGGCAGUUCCUACUCACGCUGCUGGACAACCCAGCUAACGUACACCUGAUCGUGUGGACCGGACGCAACAUGGAAUUUAAACUGAUCGACCCAGAAGAGGUGGCUCGGCUGUGGGGGAUCCAGAAGAACAGACCAGCCAUGAACUACGAUAAGCUGAGUCGCUCCCUGAGGUACUACUACGAGAAGGGCAUCAUGCAGAAGGUGGCCGGGGAGAGGUACGUCUACAAGUUUGUGUGCAACCCAGAGGCGCUGUUCUCCAUGGCUUUCCCCGACAACCAGAGGCCGAGUCUGAAGGCCGACCCCGACGCCCCCCUGCCCCCCAGCGAGGAGGACGCCCUGCACCUGCCCAGCUACGAGGACGAGGGUCCGUACCUGGCUGAAGCAGGGGAGCAGUGCGUCCAGGGCCUGGCGUUCCCUGAAGGCUACCCUUAUUAAACCAGCAGCCUCUCUCUCAUUUACAGGAGGAGCCUGGAGCUGAGAGUUUCAGCGUAUCUUAUGUUUGUGACGCAUUUAUCCGAUUUCUUUUUAGCCUCCUUUGCUUAAAGUUUGAAGAUAAAAUUGUGAUUCUACUUGAUGCUGAGAAUCUAAAUGUCUGGGACAUUUGAACUUGCUGCUGUUGGGAAAUACAGUUGUGUGUUCAAAUGUACUAUUAAUUAGGAUGUUUUUUUGUUACUGUUGUUCAAGCACUGCUGUUUGCUUGAAAUUGGACAAUUUGUAAUAAUUUAAGGCCAAACAUUCAUGUUUUAGUGCUAAACACGUUUUGUAAGUAAACUUUACUUUUUAUGAGAGUACUAAAAGAAAAAGAAAGCGAGUAAAGAUUGUGAGAUGCAACAAUGAUUUCAAGAAUUUAACAUGAAGUCAGCAAAGAAUCAAUUUACAGCACCAUCUUAUAAUGCGAGCUGUAAUUGGAUACGCUAGCUAACAGACUGCUACUACGUAUCUCUUUAUGCAAGGACAUAUUCCCUAAAUAUUUUUCUCUUAUAAAAUGAUAUUUUUUUUCAUUCUAAAAUUGUGAAUAUGCUCAUACAAAAACUAAUUUCUUCUCAUAGUAUUCUGACUUUUCCCUCAAAGGGUUCCACCCAUAUUCCUUGUAUUACUAUCCCAUCAAGUUUGUACUUAGCUCAGCCGUCAUUGUAGCCCUGAGCGUACGUCAACUCUGGGAUCUGUGUUUCAACCAAAAACUAUCUCAAAGCCAUGGCACUCUCAACUUUACUGAGUCACUGGGUUGUUCUGAACCUUAUUCUGCUUGAAAGGGACAUAUAGAUUUUCCAGAUGUUCUAGUCCUUCUAUUAACAAAUAUACACACACACACUAUGAUGUCCUUUGUGUAAUUUUCUUGUUUUUCAAACUAAUAUCUUGCCAUUUUAUGGACCAGUACGUUUUUCUUAAUGUUUUUUUGACAAAGGUACUGCUUUUUGAUUUUGUAACAAUCUGCUAAUAAUAAGGAUGGACUUUCUUAUGAGCAGUUCACUAGUUACUGUAGUAGGAUAGUUGUCAGCAUUUUGUAUAGUUGAUUUGCUUUGGUGUCCGUAUAAUUAUAUAUGAAUAUAUUUUUGCAAAAGACUGCAUUUGCUUGGCGUUGUACUAUAAGCUGCACUGUUUAGCGGCCUCUCCCCGGUGGAACGACUUUUACCCUCUGAGUCCUGCAGAUAGACACUAGAUGUAACAAUAUAUUUUGCUAUUUGAUCACAGGCUGCAGAACGAUAGUGACGCUGGUGUGACGUCUACCCUCAGAUACUGUACGCGUGCCUUCUGUUGAUCUUUACUUAUACAUUAAACUGAUUUGCUUUCUGGA